AUGGGUUCUCAAAUACUAAAGUGGAGCAAGGUGAAUAGUAUUAAGGAGCAAAGGAAUCGGUUUCGUUUAGAAGAUAGAUUAAUGAAUCUUUACACUCAAGAUCCGUCAGAUGAAGUUCUAGCUGAGAUUAUGGAGGUCCAAUUGGGGCUUAAUUGGGAAGCUGAAAAGGAGGAAUUAUUUUGGGAGCAGCGUGCGUGGGUGAAUUGGCUAAAGAAUAGGGAUCGUAAUACCAGCUUUUUUCACAAGGUAGUUGUCCAACGUCACUUUCAUUGUAGAAUUUCUGAACUGGAAGAUGGAGCUGGGAAAAAUACUAAUUCCACUGAGGAGUUCCUCCAAGUAGCUUCUGACUAUUUUGGUAAGCUUUUCUCUGCUUCAGAGUCAGGUUCGGAUGAGCAUUUGUUUAGCUUAGUAGAGGAAAAAGUUACUAGUAGUAUGAAUGAAAGGCUCUUAAGACAAUUUACGGAGGAGGACAUUGCCUAUGCAGUCAAAUCUUUGGCGCCUUUGAAAGCCCCUGGGUUGGAUGGGUUUCCGGCCCUCUUCUUUCAGCGUUAUUGGCAUAUUUUUGGGCUUGAAGUUACCCACUUUUGUUUAUCCAAUCUACAGGAACAAGAGGAUUUGAGUGUUAUUAACAAAACGCGCAUUAUCCUGAUUCCAAAGGUUGAAAAACCGAGUAACAUGACUCAUUUUAGGCCUAUCAGCCUUUGUAAUGUCAUUUACAAAAUUAUAGCAAAAGUGUUGGUAUUGAGGAUGAGCGAGACACUGAGGUCUUGUAUUAAUGAAGCUCAAGGGGCCUUUAUUCCAGGUAGGCUUAUCUCUGAUAAUGUACUGAUUGCUUAUGAGAUACUUUAUUCCCUAAAAAUGAAAAAGAGAGGCAAGAAAGGCAAUUUUGCGCUUAAACUAGAUAUGAGUAAAGCGUAUGAUCGUGUGGAAUGGGAUUUUUUGGCAGAUGAUUGCGUUCUUUUUGGUGAUGCCUCCUGUGAAGGAGCUGAAGUGGUUCGGGCUAUUAUCCAUGAAUAUGAUACGGUCUCGGGGCAGAGAGUGAAUUUUGAAAAAUCCCUCAUUUAUUUCGGUGCAAAUGUCGUCUUUAGUGUUCAGAAGGAUAUUGUUAAUUUAUUAGGGGUACGUCUGGCCUCAAAUCCUGAAAAGUAUCUCGGUUUGCCUAUGAUGGUGGGUAGGAGGAAAAAGUGGGCUUUUGCUAACUUUGUGGACCGAUUCAGAAAAUGGGUGGAGGGGUGGAGUAUGCGUUAUCUUUCAAUGGGGGGUAAGGAGGUUUUCAUUAAAUCAGUUUUGCAGGCAACUUCAAUUUAUGCUAUGCAGUGUUUUUUAUUGCCAAAGUCAUUAUGUAGAACAUUGGAAGGAAUAAUGAAUCGAUUCUGGUGGAUGAAUAAUAAAACAUUGAAGGGGAUUCAUUGGAGUUCGUGGGAUGUUCUGUAUAAACCGAAAAGUUUUGGAGGGCUGGGGUUUAAAAAUUUAUUCUUGUUUAAUAAGGCCCUUUUUAGCGAAGCAGUAAAGGUUGGUUCUUACCCUUCAUUUACCUGGAGAAGUAUUUGUAGUGCGCGGGACCUGAUCAGUGAUGGAAUCUUGUGGCAUGUGGGAAAUGGUGCAAGUAUCAACAUUUGGAAUGACCCCUGGUUGCUUGGAAGGGAGAAUAACAGAAUCCCAGUUAUUGAAAUUAAGCCUCCUUGGUCAACAGUGAAUCAGUUAAUGAAUGAAGAAGACAGUACCUGGAAUAGAGAGUUGAUUCACAAUCUAGUGGAUGAUGACACUGCUAAUCGAAUCUUUGCCAUUCCCAUCUCUCAAAGCCGACCAGAGGAUAUGUUGGUAUGGAAGUAUGAAGGCUCAGGUGAGUAUACUGUCAGGAGUGGGUAUCGAGUUCUUAUUACAGAUUAUUUACAGAGCAAUCUACACAUGUCCUCUACAAAUGAAGAAUACAAAAGUUUUUACAUGGAUCUCUGGGCUUUACAUAUUCCAGAGAAAAUAAAAAUACAUGUUUGGAGAUUGUUAAAUAACAUGGUACCACACUAUGGGAACUUGGCAUGCCGAACACUGUGUGAGGAGGCUGUAUGCCCACUGUGUAAGGAAGAUCUAGAAACCACAGCGUAUUUGUUGGGGUCUUAUAGGGUCCUUCGAAAUAUAUGGAUAUCGUUGCAAGUUUAA